AGAGGGCGGCUGGCGGAGGGAGGGAAGGAAGUCGGCUAGGCGGAGAGCGCCGCGCGGGGACGGGGAGCGCGGCGGGCAGAGGCGGCUCGCCCCGUUCGGCUGCGUGCGGGGCAACUAGGCCGCGUAGCGUAAUGCUGCAGAGUCCGCCGCUCGGAUGCCUUCAGCGUUGCACUUGCCCGCUAGCAGAGAUGGCCGUCUGCAAGUUGCAUUGUGCCUCCUGCAUUAAGGCCGCAGUCUCACGCUAGUACCAGGACCUUCCGAGUGGGGAUUGCUCGUCUUAUGUGUGUUGCAGGAAACCGCGACCAACGAGGGAAUGUGUUUUCAUCAGCUGUUGAGGCACAGUGGGCAAGAAGGUGACCAGACGUGACCUCUCCCUGUGGUCGUAUGUCUCUUCCGCUCCACAGACGACAAUCACACAUCACUGAAAGACGAGGAUCGUGAGAAGAACAAGUGGAAACAAAGGGGGGGAAGACGUGGAUUUGGAGAUAUUUCCUUCACCCUCUACGUUGCAACACUAAUUUUAUUUUCUGGAGACCUCGGUCAUAUCUGUCAAUUCACCCUAAGAACUGUUGACGUCAUCGCUGGCAGAACACUGACUGCACAUGUUUGUGUGUUUUUAACACUUUGAAGGAAGAAGAAAACCUCCGUUUCUGUGAAAGACUCGCCUAGCUAUCCAUCGCUCAUCUACCCUUGGGCACUGUGGGAGUUUAACUCGUAAAAAGAGCUGUUGCUUCUUCCGCUUCCCCCUGCUUCCGGCCAGGAACGUCUACCUGGCUAGGAGUAGGCGGCGGGUGGACCAGAUUUUACCAGGUAGCUGGCUCGGGGAGAUUGUGCUAUGAUCAACUGCUCUUUUCCGUGUUGCUCAUACUCAGCUUCUGAGGGACUCUCUGUGCGGCCCCAAGACAAGGGAUAGUAAGCUGGUCGAGGAGGACGACGAGGAGGAGGCGGCGCUACGGCGCAGGCCAGGUGUUCACUUGGCGCACGGUUACCUUUUUUUUGUGUGUGUUCGUUUGUGGUGCCUGCAGUAAGGCCUGCGGGCCACUGCGUCUGCCCAGGCCGCAGCUAUGGUGAAGCUGGCAAACCCGGUUUACACCCAAUGGAUCCUAGAGGCCAUCAAGAAGGUCAAAAAGCAGAAGCAGCGGCCAUCAGAGGAGCGCAUUUGCAAUGCCGUCUCUAUGUCCCACGGUUUGGACCGCAAGACGGUUCUGGAGCAGUUGGAGCUCAGUGUCAAGGACGGCACCAUUCUCAAGGUCACCAACAAGGGACUUAACUCCUACAAAGACCCAGACAACCCUGGACGCUUGGCUCUGCCGAAGCCCAAAUGCAGCAGCGGCGGCGGGUGGAGGAGGGUCAGCUGCAUCGAUGGGCGGCAGCAGCAACAGCGCGGCGGUGCGACUCACUCGCAUUCUGGGAGGAAGCCCGGACUCGAUUGGAACAAGCUGAUCAAGCGGGCGCUGGAGGGCCUCCACGAGCCCGGCGGCUCCGGCUUAAAGAACAUCGAGCGCUUCCUCAAGUGCCAGGCGGACGUGGCGGCCUACCUGUCGAGCAGCGGCUCCGCCGGAGCCGGCCUCUUCCACCAGCAGCUGAGGGUCGCCCUGAAGAGAGCCGUGGCCCACGGCCGCGUGGUCAAGCAGGGCCAGAUGUUCCAGCUGGUCAGCCGCAGCGGCCCCCAGGACGACGGCACCGGCACGGUGUCCCUGGAGUCGCUGCCGCCGGUGCGCCUGCUGCCUCACGAGAAGGAUAAGGUAAAAAAAAAAUAUAUCACAGUACGCACGCACCGCUGAUAAACACUUGUUAAU